GACAACCAUCAGCAUUUCCGCUCCCUGAUUGAACAAAUACAUACAGAGCAGUUUCAACACAAUGGCUCUCACCUCCCUCUUCCUCCUCCUUCUGCUCUCUUCUCUCCAUGUCCUCACCACCGUCGGUAGAGCCAGUCCCGAGUCCGACUCCCUCGUCAGCCAGGCUAACUCAAUCUCUCCCAAAGCAUACCUUGUCCGUUACUGGAACAAACAAAUCACCAACAGCCUCCCCAUGCCACCGGUCCUCUUCUUCAAAGCGUCACCCCUGACCGCUGCAUCCGCAGCCAUCUUCACCCAACUCGUCGCUAAAGGCGCCAUCCCCAAUCACCUCCAAUCUUUCUGUGAGGAGGCAGAACUGCUUUGCUUCUUGAACUCAUCAUUUAAUGUCGGAAAAUGCAUAACGUAUUACCGCGUUAGUAUUGAUACAGCGACGAAAAAUGAUGACAUGAAUGUAAGUAGGGCCACAGAGCCGAGCAUGUACUUCCGAGAGUCCAUGCUGAAGAGCGGGAACGCGAUCCCGAUGCCCAAUCUCUGGGACAACAUGCCCAAAAGGUCGUUUUUGCCCCGCAGCAUAUCCUCCAAACUGCCGUUCUCAACCUCGAAACUCGCCGAGCUGAAGCAAAUAUUCCAUUUCGGUGAGAAUUCCGCUAUGGAGAAGAUCAUGGCGCUCACACUAGGCCAGUGUGAGGUCGCAAAUUUAGGCGAAACCAAGAUGUGUGUGGCCUCCAUCGAGGACAUGAUCGACUUUGCCACCUCGAUAUUGGGUCAUGACGUCAUGGUCCGAUCCACGGAGGGCUCCGGAGGCUCGAAGCAGGAGGUCUUGAUCGGGUUGAUCAAUAGGAUCGAGGACGCCGCAGUGACCAAGCCCAUCGUGACCUGUCACCAGAUUCUAUUUCCUUACAUGGUCUAUUACUGCCAUUCAUUUCGAAACGUCCGCGUCUACGAAGUGGACAUACUAGACCUCAAGUCCAAGACAAAGAUCAACCAAGGUGUCGCCAUCUGUCAUAUGGACACGUCGGCUUGGAGGCCUACCCAUGAGGCGUUCAUCGCGCUCGGGUCGGGUCCUGGCCAGAUCGAGGUCUGCCAUUGGACAUAUGAGACUGGCGUGGUAUGGACAAACCGCCAAGUGAUAACGAAAGAACGAAGUGAGGUCAACGCUAAUUCGGCCUAGCGAUCAAGAGAGAACUUAGUCUCAAGCUGGCUCCAACCCAAGUCCUCAUUUGCCCUGUAUUAUCAUGUAAUGUAGCAUCUGAAUCUGAUAUACAUAACUCUGCGUCUGUGUUCGGUGGGUGAAAGUUGUCCUGGUCAAUAAAUCUAAAGGGUUUUUAUGA